CUUCUAUCUAGGAUUGGGGUGUUUAUGCUUUAUCAGCUGAGGGCAGAUGGCUCAGGAAAUUGCGUUGCGAAGAAAUACUAGCAUGGGUUUGGGUGCUUCGGUGCGUAUCAUGUUGUAUGAUUAGAGGGAAUUCUAGCUUUGAUGAUGAGCAGCGAAUGAGAUACCAUUUCCUUCUACUUCGUCAAGUUACAAUCUCAUUUUAAUGACAAGGGCGCGAAAUAGGUUCUUCCCAGGUCGCAAGAACAUGGAUGAAUAGGAACAGGAAAUAAUGAAGAUGUGGGUCACUGGGUUUCGGUUUGUACCUGCGAGCUUUGGAAAAGGCAGGAAUGUCAAGAGGGACGGGAGCAGUUGCCGAGAAAAGGUCUUUCGUCUGUCUCUAUUUUGCGAAAGAGCAUCUGACCGAAUUCGAGCCAGUGGUGCGAAAUCUGUUUCCUUUUCAGCAUGCUUCGCCUCAUUACAAACUUUCUGCCCUCCACGACACUCUACUUUUUUUUACCUGGGCGUCUGCUUCAUCAUAUGUCGCAAAAAUCUCUAUUGUUUAGGUAGUAACUACGACCUGCACCUGAACUCCCUCGAACAAUACUUUAGGGCACUCUUGACACUUCGUCGCUCAAGCCUUCCACUUCUCUUCGUCUCGACUUUGUUGAAAGCCACGAUUCCUGCGAAACGUGCUCAAUGCAGUACCAGGUGUCCUGCUACUUCCCCGCCAUUCAUGAAGCCAGCUUUGAAGGAUUCGAGAUGCUCCCCAAAUCCCGGGGCACCCCGCUCGGAGCUAGUCUUGGCUCCCUUCCUCGCUACCAACAUAUGCAGCGGAUGAGAGCCUCACUGACGACAUGUGCUAGUCCCAGGCUACACAUUGUUAAAUGGACCACAAAUUC